GCGGGACUUCCGUUGUCAAGGGAAAUGUCCGGAGCUGCUGCUGUUUUUGUUGCUGAGUGGUGCCCGGUCUGAGCUCCCAGUGACCCUUCAGAAUCACCAUAUGUCCUAGAUGGGAUAAACUGCAGCCAUGUUCAGCUUCGAGGGAGAUUUCAAAACCAGGCCAAAAGUAUCACUGGGAGGAGCAAGCAGAAAGGAAGAAAAAGCAUCUCUGCUCCAUCGAACCCAGGAAGAAAGGCGGAAGAGAGAGGAAGAAAGGAGAAGACUGAAGAAUGCAAUAAUUAUCCAGUCCUAUAUAAGAGGCUACAAGGAUAGAAAACAGCAAUACUCCAUCCAAAGAAGUGAGUUUGACUUCUGUGCUAACUCGGCGACUUCCGGUGCACCUUCAGUAGAUGGAAGAAACCUUACGCUUCUUGUGCGAAAACUGCUCUUUUUCUACAGACAGACUGAAGAUUCAAAGCGUUUGAUAUGGAUAUGUCAGAAUUUGAUCAAAUAUAAUUCCCAGUUUGUAAAACACCUCGCAGGCCCAGACAGACUUACUUGUCUGUACCAGAUCAAGAGGCUAUUGGGGUUAUGUUGUAGGUUAUUACAGCAUUGCUAUGAUGACAGCAUCAACGUUGCACUGCCCAUGAGAAUGGUUGAAGUAUUUUCAUCAGAAAACACUUACUUACCUGUCCUUCAAGAUGCCGUCACUGUGGCCUCAUUAGUUGAACAAAUUUUGCACUACAUGAUCCAGAAAGGUUACUACCGGUCACUUUUCUUGUUAAUUAACAACAAGCUCCCAUCCAGCGUUGAAUAUACUGAUGUCUCCAGAGUUCCCAUUGCAAAGAUUCUGCUGGAGAAUGUCAUGAAACCAUUGCACUUUACAUACAACUCCUGCUCGGACGGUGCAAGGCAACAGGUUUUCACUGCCUUUACCAGAGAGUUUCUGGCCGCACCUUACACCGAUCAGAUCUUCCAGUUCAUCAUUCCAGCACUGGUGGACGCACACACCGCUUUCCCAUACGAGCUCUUUCUGAAUGCAUUACUAGAGGAGCAGGUUCAUCGCCCGCACCGAUGUGACCAGACCCCUUGGCUUUUCUAUUUUGUGCUUACAGUUGGGGAAACGUACUUGAGCACUCUGUCAGAAGAGGGGAUGCUUGUAUACUUGAGAGUACUUCAGGUCUUUCUCUCUCAGUUACCAGUCUCCACUGUUGCAAAUCAUCAGGAGCUUGCCAGUGAUUCUGAAGACGAUGAUGAGGAUAUCAGCAAAAUGGUCACCACAAUUGGUGAUGGCAAGUUGUCUGUGCAAUAUAUCACAGAGGAGUGCCUAAAGAAACUAGACACCAAACAGCAAACGAACACCUUGCUCAACAUGGUCUGGAGAGAUUCUGCUAGCGAGGAGGUCUUCACUCUUAUGGCCUCAAUCUGCCAUACACUAAUGGUACAGCACCGCAUGAUGGUUCCCAAAGUCAGGCUCCUGUACAGUCUAGCUUUUAAUGCAAGAUUUUUAAGACAUCUUUGGUACUUAAUCUCUUCGAUGACGACUAAGAUGAUUACAGGGUCAAUGGUGCCACUCCUCCAGGUGAUAUCCAGAGGCUCUCCCAUGUCGUUAGAGGACUCCAAUCGGAUCAUCCCUCUGUUUUAUCUUUUUAGCUCCCUCUUUAGUCAUUCCCUGAUUUCUAUACAUGAUAAUGAAUUCUUUGGUGACCCCAUAGAAGUAGUUGGCCCAAGACAAUCUUCAAUGAUGCCUUUCACAUUAGAAGAGUUGGUCGUACUCUCGCGCUGUCUGAGAGAUGCUUGUUUAGGAAUCAUCAAGCUGGCGUACCCCGAGACAAAACCAGAGGUGCGAGAAGAAUACAUGGCAGCGUUCCGAAGUGUUGGUGUCACCACGAAUGUGGAGAUGCAGCAGCGUAUUCAAACUGAGCAGAAACGAUGGAUUCAGCUAUUUAAGGUGGUAGAACUGAAGCUUGGAGGCAAAGAUAUCCCUGUAACAAGUGCCAACCGAAUUGCUUACAUCCACCUCGUCGCUGACUACAGGCUAAACAAGCAGAUCCGCCAGCAUUGUCUGGCCUUCAGGCAAGGUCUUGCCAAUGUGGUCAAUUUGGAAUGGCUCAGGAUGUUUGAUCAGCAGGAAAUCCAGGUCUUAAUUUCUGGGGCACAGGUUCCAAUCUGUCUUGAUGAUCUGAAGUCUUUCACAAACUAUUCAGGCGGAUACUCUGCUGAUCAUCCAGUGAUCAAAGUUUUCUGGAGAGUCGUGGAAAACUUUACUGAUGAGGAGAAAAGAAAACUACUGAAAUUUGUGACAAGCUGUUCUCGGCCUCCAUUAUUAGGUUUUAAAGAGCUGUAUCCUGCCUUCUGCAUCCAUAACGGGGGGUCUGAUCUGGAGCGACUUCCCACUGCAAGCACCUGCAUGAACCUUCUCAAGCUUCCAGAGUUUUAUGAUGAGAAUCUUAUGAGGAGCAAACUGCUUUACGCUAUAGAAUGUGCUGCCGGCUUUGAACUGAGCUGAGUCGAACUUAACCUCCAAUGUGGGAUUGAAAACUGGUGCCUACAUAGAAUUCCCCAUGAAACUGAGACAUUUCAGGAAUCCUGGCUUUAUGACAUCAGUAGUAGACAUGAAAUUUGCCAUCGACUUUCAUCAAGUAAAAAUUGCUGUUUUAUUGAGAACAAUUUUCCAAAAAUAAAAUCACUAUUUAAAUAAUGUGACCAGUCUGCAAAAAAUUAACCAAAGAUGAUCACUUGGCUUAAUGCUGUUUGGAUCGAAAACCUCCAGAUGCUGGCGGUAUGUAUAUACAACCAGCAGACUGGUACCAUAAAGGCAUAAAACAGGGUCCGGAUCAUCUACAGUAGACAUCUCUGCCAACGACCAGCAGAGCAAAGGCGCCUUACGGCCAAUCCUGCCUGCAUCAGAAAUAGUACAAGAAUUUGAACUGUCUCCAUUGUGUUCCCUUCACUACCUGCCCCAUUGGCUGGUAGACGUCAAGCAUCAUUUCUAGUAUUUUAUUUCUAUUAAAAAGACCCCUAUGGAGAGAUUGUA